CAUCUUCCUCCAGCACCAGGAAGAAGGGCUUGUCUGCCAGCAUCAGAGUGUCCCGGACCUGGGGAAUAAGGUGAGGGCUGAAGCUGCUCAAAUGCUCCAUGAAGGGGAGGAAGCUGUGGGAUGAUGGGGAGGGUUCCCACAAAGAUGGAGCCUCGUCAGCCUUUCUCCAGCACCGGAAACCACAGGAAACCAGCAAGGCCCUGCCACCCACCUUCAGGCCAUGCAGCCAUGUUCCCGGAGCCCUAAUUGCGCAGAAGCCCAUGGGGAGCUCCAGAACGGCAGCCCUGCUCCUGCCUCUCUUCCUGGUAGUCAUCGACCUAUCUGACUCUGCUGGGAUUGGCUGUCCCCACCUGCCCUACUGGAACACCCGCUGUCCUCUGGCCUCCCACACGGAUGACAGUUUCACUGGAAGUUCUGCCCAUAUCCCUUGCAGCACCUGGUGGGCCCUCUUCUCCACAAAGCCUUGGUGUGUGCGAGUCUGGCACUGUUCCCGCUGUUUGUGCCAGCAUCUGCUGUCAGGUCGCUCAGGUCUUCAGUGGGGCUUCUUCCACUUCCUGGUGCAGAAAUCCAAAAAGUCUUCCACGUUCAAGUUCUGUAGGAGACACAAGAUGCCAGCACCUGCUCAGAGGAAGCUGCUGCCUAGUCGUCACUUGUCUGAGAAGAGCCAUCACAUUUCCAUCCCCUCCCCAGACAUCUCCCACAAGGGACUUCGCUCUAAAAGGACCCAACCUUCGGAUCCAGAGGCAUGGGAAAGUCUUCCCAGAUUGGACUCACAAAGGCACAGAGGGCCCGAGUUCUCUUUUGAUUUGCUGCCCGAAGCCCGGGCUAUUCGGGUGACCAUACCUUCAGGCCCCGAGGUCAGUGUGCGUCUUUGUCACCAGUGGGCACUGGAGUGUGAAGAGCUGAGCAGUCCCUACGAUAUCCAGAAAAUUGUGUCUGGGGGCCACACUGUAGAGCUGCCUUAUGAAUUCCUUCUGCCCUGUCUGUGCAUAGAGGCAUCCUACCUGCAAGAGGACACUGUGAGGCGCAAAAAAUGUCCCUUCCAGAGCUGGCCAGAAGCCUAUGGCUCGGACUUCUGGAAGUCAGUGCACUUCACUGACUACAGCCAGCACACUCAGAUGGUCAUGGCCCUGACACUCCGCUGCCCACUGAAGCUGGAAGCUGCCCUCUGCCAGAGGCAUGACUGGCAUACCGUUUGCAAAGACCUCCCGAAUGCCACGGCUCGAGAGUCAGAUGGGUGGUAUGUUUUGGAGAAGGUGGACCUGCACCCCCAGCUCUGCUUCAAGUUCUCUUUUGGAAACAGCAGCCACGUUGAAUGCCCCCACCAGACUGGGUCUCUCACAUCCUGGAAUGUGAGCAUGGAUACCCAAGCCCAACAGCUGAUUCUUCACUUCUCCUCAAGAAUGCAUGCCACCUUCAGUGCUGCCUGGAGCCGCCCAGGCUUGGGGCAGGACACUUUGGUGCCCCCCGUGUACACUGUCAGCCAGGCCCGGGGCUCAAGCCCAGUGACACUAGACCUCAUCAUUCCCUUCCUGAGGCCAGGGUGCUGUGUCCUGGUGUGGCGGUCAGAUGUCCAGUUUGCCUGGAAGCACCUCUUGUGUCCAGAUGUCUCUUACAGACACCUGGGGCUCUUGAUCCUGGCACUGCUGGCCCUCCUCACCCUACUGGGUGUUGUUCUGGCCCUCACCUGCCGGCGCCCACAGUCAGGCCCGGGCCCAGCGCGGCCAGUGCUCCUCCUGCACGCGGCGGACUCGGAGGCGCAGCGGCGCCUGGUGGGAGCGCUGGCUGAACUGCUACGGGCAGCGCUGGGCGGCGGGCGCGACGUGAUCGUGGACCUGUGGGAGGGGAGGCACGUGGCGCGCGUGGGCCCGCUGCCUUGGCUCUGGGCGGCGCGGGCGCGCGUAGCGCGGGAGCAGGGCACAGUGCUGCUGCUGUGGAGCGGCGCCGACCUUCGCCCGGCCAGCGGCCCCGACCCCCGCGCCGCGCCCCUGCUCGCCCUGCUCCACGCUGCCCCGCGCCCGCUGCUGCUGCUCGCUUACUUCAGUAGCCUCUGCGCCAAGGGCGACAUCCCCCCGCCGCUGCGCGCCCUGCCGCGCUACCGCCUGCUGCGCGACCUGCCGCGCCUGCUGAGGGCGCUAGACGCGCGGCCUUCCGCAGAGGCCACCAGCUGGGGCUGCCUUGGGGCGCGGCAGCGCAGGCAGAGCCGCCUAGAGCUGUGCAGCCGGCUCGAACGAGAGGCCGCCCGAUUUGCAGACCUAGGUUGAGCAGAGCUCCCCUGCAGUCCCGGGUGUCUGCGGCCGCAACGCAACGGACACUGGCUGGAACCCCGGAAUGAGCCUUCGACCCUGAAAUCCUUGGGGUGCCUCGAGGACGACUGGCCGAAAAG